CUAAUACGCCAGUCCGGCAACGCCCGGGCAUUUUGCGUCAAAAUUGUUAGUAGCUGCAGCUGAUUCUCCAUUUCCUAGCGCCAAACAAAGUUUGAGCAUUAGUACACAAUGUCAGUCGCCGACACCAUUGAAUACGUGACCCUGGGCAAUCCUGUCAGCAAAAUGGUGGCUUCAUCCGCAUCCGCACUGCUCCGCACCCUAGGUUUGCGCCCCAAGAAGGUGACGGUGCAGGACACGAACAUGGCUUUGCUUCCGUCCGCGCACAGCUACGUGCAUCCCCACGGAUCGCUAUAUUGCCUCGCCGGCAGCCACUACCACUUUGUGCGGCUAGCCGGGAUCGGCGGAGCGUCGGCCAUCUUUAUGGGUGCCUACUGCAAGUACGUCCUCAAGGACGUCAGCGAUCCCAAGGAGCAGGUGGACUCGCAGGCAUUCGCCGAUGUGGCCAAUCGCAUCCACUUCCUGCACUCCUUCGCCAUGAUGGCCAUGCCGCUGGCCCACUAUCCCGUGCUCACUGGGACUUUGAUGAUUACGGGCACGAUGCUAUUCAGCGGCUGCAUGUACUACCGCGCUCUCACUGGCGAAAAGGGGCUGCAGCCGUACGCGACCGUCGGAGGAUUCUGCCUGAUGGCCGCGUGGCUGUCGCUGGUCCUCUAGGAUGAGCGGAGGAAGGAGGAAGGCUACUUAUGUAUAUCUUAUAUAGCACAUUCUGAACAGUUAUGUAGUCAGAGAGGCAACUAAAGCUAAGCCAAGUUUAACAUACAACAUCAGCUAAAAA